CCGAUCCAUCUCCUCCUAGGGUUCCUGAGCCCUUCCCAUUUCUUGAUUCGCUCAUGGCUUCGAUGAUCGUCGGCGACUUCGUAUGAUUCUUGGGGUUGGCGCGGAUCCCUUCUGGUGACUCUUCUCCAAAACUGUUGGGUUUGAUUGCGCAGCGAUGGGUCGGAAGAAGACGGUCACCAUCGACGACGAUGAGUACUCCUUCCCGGAGGAUCCGCAGCAGCCGCCGACGACUACGCAGGAACCAGAGAUGGAGACACGCGCCGCCUCCAGCUCCAAGAAGAGCAAGAAGGGCGACAAGAACCAGCGCAGCGCCGCCGCCGUCGCCGAUAAUGAGCCCCCGGUCGAGGAUCCGGAGAAGCCCUCGUCCGCCGGCGCAGCCGAUCCUUCGCAGGAGGAUAACGAUGAUGCCGUGCCUCUCGUCUUCUCCGGUAAGAAGAAAUCCUCUAAAUCUAAAAAGAGUAACGCUGGUAAGAGUGGGUACGCGGCUCUUAAUACCUUUGGGGACGACGUCGAUGACGAGGAGCCCGAGCCAAAACCGAGAUCUGAGGUGAAACCUGAAAUGGAUAACCAUGUGGAGGAUGAGUUUGAUGAAAGUAGGGGUCUAAAUGGGGAUACGGAUUCAAGAAAGCAACAGAAAAAGAAGAAGAAGAAAGGCGGGCGAACGACGCAGGAGGAGGAGGACUUGGAUAAGCUCCUCGCUGAGAUCGGGGAAGCCCCCGCACUGGCUUCGGCCCAGGCGUUGCCUCCUCCUACACCAGUAGAAGAAGAAGCCGAGGCAGAUGAGAUCAAGGACACCGAUUUGGAACCAAACAGGCAAGCAAAUGGCACCGAGGAAGCUGCCUCAAAGAAGCAGCAGAAGAAAAAGAAGAAGAAGAGUGGAAGAACUGCCCAGGAGGAGGAAGAUUUGGAUAAGAUUCUUGCGGACCUUGGGGAGGGCCCGUCACCUCCUGUAGAAACUGCUGCAGCUCCAUUGCAGCCUGCUGCGGUUGUGGAGCAAUCAGCUCCACUCCCAGGGGAACAGCCAGGGGCAGAGGGUAAGGAUGGGGACGCAGAGGGUGAAUCAGCAGCUGCCAAGAAGAAGAAAAAGAAGAAAGAGAAGGAGAAAGAGAAGAAGGCUGCAGCUGCUGCGGCUGCAGCUGCUCCAGCUGUUGUUGAGAUUAAGCAAGAGAAGAAGGAGGAUGUAAAGGGUAAAAUUCCAGACAAGAAGUUGCCUAAGCAUGUGAGAGAGAUGCAGGAGGCACUGGCGAGGAGGAAAGAGGCAGAAGAGAGGAAGAAAAGGGAAGAGGAGGAGAGGCUGAGGAAGGAAGAGGAAGAGAGGAAGCGGUUGGAGGAGCUGGAGAGGCUUGCGGAGGAGGCAAAGAGGAGAAAGAAGGAAAGAGAAAAGGAGAAGCUGCUGAAGAAAAAACAGGAGGGUAAACUUUUAACGGCUAAACAAAAGGAUGAGCAGAGGAGGUUAGAAGCAAUGAGAAAACAAUUUCUUGCUCAGAGUGAGGUUCCAGUAGGUGAUGCUGGUAAGGAGAUAAAGAAGAGGCCCAAGUAUGAGGCAAGGAAGUCUAAGCCAGCUCAAUCUAAGGUUGUAGAAACGGAGAAGGUGCCAGAGAAUGAGCAAGCUGUUGAUGAACCUGGUACUGAGCAAGCUGGGGAAGAUGUUACAGUUGAAGAGGAAUCCCAUUCUCAGAUUGGAGAUGACGAAGACAAUGCUGAAGUAAAUCAGGAAUUAAAAGAUGUCAAAGCCAUGGAUGAGGAUGAAGAUGAUGAAGAAUGGGAUGCGAAGAGCUGGGAUGAUCUUGAUGUGGCAUUGCCUGCUACAAGCCCAUUUGCUGAGGAGGAUCAGGACAUCAAGGCAAAACCUGUGGUCAAAAGAACUACCGAACGUUCAGUAUCUGCUCCCGUGGAACCUCAAGUGAAUUCUUCAGCACCUGCAAAUCCUGCUGUCAAAAAGGUCGUGGCUCCUCGAACAUCUUCGAACGCAGAUAACAAAGAGGUUGAACAUGAAAGCGAACCUGUCACAAAUAUGAGGAGGGGAAAAGCAGCUAUUAUUAAAGAAGAGGCAACUGCUGUGGAGGACAAAUCAAAAAAGAGUGGUCCUGAUCUCCGCUCACCAAUUUGUUGCAUUCUUGGUCAUGUGGAUACUGGAAAGACUAAAUUGCUAGAUUGCAUUCGACGCACUAAUGUACAGGAGGGAGAAGCUGGCGGUAUUACCCAGCAGAUUGGGGCUACCUAUUUUCCAACUGAAAACAUAAGGGAGAGAACAAGAGAGCUAAAAGCUGAUGCAACACUGAAGGUUCCAGGUUUACUUGUAAUUGAUACCCCCGGGCACGAGUCUUUCACCAAUCUACGGUCUAGAGGUUCAAGCCUUUGUGACAUCGCUAUACUGGUCGUGGACAUCAUGCAUGGACUUGAGCAACAAACUAUUGAAUCUCUCAACCUUUUAAAAAAUAGGAACGCAGAGUUCAUUGUUGCAUUGAAUAAGGUGGAUCGACUCUAUGGUUGGAAAUCCAGUCCAAAUGCACCCAUAGUGAAGACACUCAAACAACAAUCUAAUGAUGUGAAGAACGAGUUUAAUAUGAGACUUACUCAGAUCAUAACACAGUUCAAAGAGCAGGGUUUGAACACAGCUCUGUACUACAAAAACAAAGAAAUGGGAGAAACAUUUAAUAUUGUUCCCACAAGUGCUAUCAGUGGCGAAGGAAUACCAGAUCUUCUCUUAUUGUUGGUACAAUGGGCUCAGAAAACAAUGGAAGAAAAGCUUACCUAUAUCGAUGAAGUCCAGUGUACUGUGUUGGAAGUUAAAGUGAUUGAAGGUUUAGGAACUACCAUUGAUGUCGUACUGGUGAAUGGUGUCCUUCAUGAGGGUGACCAAAUAGUUGUUUGCGGCAUGCAGGGGCCCAUUGUGACCAAUAUCAGAGCUUUAUUGACUCCCCACCCUAUGAAGGAGCUCCGAGUAAAGGGCUCAUACUUACAUCAUAAAGAGCUUAAAGCUGCCCAAGGUGUAAAAAUUUCUGCACAGGGCCUUGAGCAUGCCAUUGCUGGCACUUCCCUUUAUGUGGUAAAACCUGAGGAUGAUUUGGAAGAUUUGAAGAGAACUGUAAUGCAGGAUGUGGAAAAGGUCAUGAGCCGAAUUGACAAGAGUGGGGAAGGUGUUUACGUGCAGGCCUCAACUCUUGGGUCAUUGGAAGCACUUACAGAGUUCUUGAGAAGCCCAGCUGUGAACAUUCCAUUUUGUGAUUUUAGUAUAGGUCCAGUACACAAGAAGGAUGUAAUGAAAGCCAGUGUCAUGCUUGAGAGGAAGAAAGAGUAUGCAACCAUCCUAGCAUUUGAUGUCAAAGUGAUGCCUGAUGCUCGAGAACUUGCAGAUGAGACCGGUGUUAGAAUCUUUGUCGCAGACAUAAUAUAUCAUCUGUUUGAUCAGUUCAAGGCUUACAUUGACAAUCUAAAGGAAGAGAAGAAGAAGGAAAGUGCUGAAGAGGCAGUUUUCCCUAGUGUUCUGAAGAUUAUGCCAAACUGCAUAUUCAACAAGAAGGACCCAAUUGUCCUGGGUGUGGAUAUUCUUGAAGGCAUUUUGAAGGUUGGUACUCCUAUUUGUAUACCUUCAAGAGAAUUCAUAGAUAUAGGGAAAAUUGCAUCAAUUGAGAUCAAUCAUAAGCAAGUUGACGUUGCCACUAAAGGACAGAAGGUGGCUAUAAAGAUAGUUGCCAGCAGUCCCGAAGAACAACAGAAGAUGUAUGGCAGGCAUUUUGAUAUUGACGAUGAGCUUGUCAGUCAUAUCUCGAGGAGAUCAAUCGACAUACUGAAAUCAAACUAUAGGGAUGAUUUGUCAAUCGAAGAGUGGAGACUCGUCGUGAGGCUGAAGUCAAUUUUCAAGAUACCCUGAUUAGUGAAGGGCGUGAUUUUUUGUCCUGAGACCUAGACGAGUGAAAUCUGCAGCCUCAUUGGCCAGCAGAACUGGCGAGAUCUGGUUUGAUGAAAGGGAAAGAAUCGAGCAAUACAGUGGUGGGGGCAGGAUAUUACUGGUCAGCCUUGGUGAAACUGGAGGUAACUCGAUGGAGGUUUCUGAUCACUGUUUUGUUUUGAAGGAUCAUUUAUUCUUGUUGCUUUUGCCCCUACGAUGAUGGUCUUCCAAAUCUGUUGUUGUGCGUUUGUGCAGCUGCAUAGGAGGUAAAAGAUUUUGGUAUAUCCCUCGUUUUAGCAUCAUUAUUAUUAUUAUUCAUUGAGUUAAAAUUGUGUUUUCCAGAGAUAAAUGUUUGGGUCGGAGUUGUUCGCCCAAUAACACUUGUCAAUUCUUUAAACUGAUAGUACAUUUCAUCGA